UGCACAGAUUGCUGAAAUCCGCUCUGAAUGGUCUCAAUCCCCAAGGAAUGCCCAACCACUUCUAAACAUUCAGGAUGUUUAACUGGGUGGUGAAGGUUGUGCCACAUUCUCCUGAUACACAGGAGGAUCUGGGGGAGGAGGCGAUCACUGCGAAUGGAAAAACAUCAAAUCGAGACAAGUUCAAUUCAACCAAAACAGGCAGGGAGGAAGACCAAUCAUCUCAAACCUCAAAGGACAGUGUUCAGAGUGGUAUGUUGAACUGGAUCUCCAACGGUUUUGCAAGCGCUCUGCCCCAACCUGCAGGGAGUCCUCUUCUUAUGAGAGCUAACCCUGAUGCUAAAUCACUUCAGGAUGAAGGUUCUAUGGACAGGGCUGGAGUUAUUGGCUGGAUCUCACAAGGAAUUGGAAAGGUGGUCCCGCAGCCUGAUGAGAAAUACAUACGGGACGAGACUCCAGAAUCUGAAGAAGUCACAGUGGUUUAUGAGGCAAAGGACCUUCCAGAUCAGGAGCCUUUGGCACAUAUACCAGUAGUAGAGCUGGUGUCAGAAGACGAGAUGUCGGAGGUGGAACCAGUCGAUCAGUUCCCUCCUAAUGUAAUGAACUGGAUAAAGAGCGGCUUCCAGAACGCUAUACCGCACCAUGUGACCAGACCCCCAAAUUCCAGUUCUUCCACGCCAAGGUCAUCACAGUGCUCAAACAAAGUUUAUUCACCUCCUCCAGAGUCGAUAACCAGCGUGACGGAGAUCGAUUCAAAACCUCCCAGUAUGGUGAGCUGGAUUGUUCAGGGUCUGGGCCUUUCAAUGCCACAACCGGUGCUUAAAAACAAAGAAGGAUGUUUGGAGGACGGGAAGAUUGUGCAAAAUGGGGAGAGGACACUAAUAACCCUUUAAAUGAAAG